UUCCUCUUCAGAGAGGAAGAGAAUCACACUGGGGAGAUGGGAGCGGAGAGUCGCGGCCCUUAUUAAACUCCUUUUAAUAAUAAAACUUCGCAAUUUUUGAGGGAUAUCUCUGGUUGGUAAAAGAUCCAGCGGCCCGGGCCUCAGUCCGCGGUGUUGAGUUGAUCAGCCAUCCGGCAUCAUAGUGAUUGAGUCGGUGUGAAGAGCGCAGCCUCAACGCAAAGUAUGGGCGACAGCAGAGAUUCCCGCAGUCCAGACAGCUCAUCCGUGUCCUCGCCACCUUCAGGCCAGCGUACACCCCCACUGGCCAUGACCUCCAUCCCACCCAUGACAUCGGCAGUGAACAGUCCCAUCAGCAGCAUGGGCUCGCCCUUCUCCGUCAUCAGCUCCUCUCUAGGGUCUCCCUGCCUCCCUGGAACUCCUUCUGUGGGCUACGGCCCAAUCAGCAGCCCACAGAUGAGCAUGUUUUCCAGAAACACAGAGAUCAACUCAACCGUGUCGAUGUCAGGCCUGCAUGCCGUCAGCAGCUCGGAUGACGUGAAGCCACCAUUCGGUUUGAAGCCACUGUCGGCCCACAGCCCUGGACCCAUGGUCUCACAGAAACGUUUAUGUGCUAUCUGUGGGGAUCGCUCCUCUGGUAAGCACUAUGGUGUGUACAGCUGCGAGGGCUGCAAGGGCUUUUUCAAGCGUACUGUGAGGAAGGACUUGAGUUAUACAUGCAGAGACAACAAGGACUGCCUGGUGGACAAACGCCAGAGGAACCGCUGCCAGUACUGCCGCUACCAGAAGUGCCUGGCCAUGGGGAUGAAGAGAGAGGUGGUCCAAGACGAACGACAACGAUCCGUUCAGGAGGAGCGUCAGAGGAAUAAGGAGCGAGAAGGAGAGGUGGAGUCCACCAGUGCUGCAAACGAAGAGAUGCCAGUGGAGAAGAUUCUGGAAGCAGAGAUGGCCGUGGAGCAGAAGACUGAGCUACAUGCAGACGGCGGCUCGGGGGGAAGCUCUGUUAGUGACACACAGACGUUAAGGAAAUUCACCCUCUUUGGUGCCAGAAUCAUCUGCUGGCCUAAUGAUCCAGUCACUAAUAUCUGCCAGGCUGCUGAUAAACAGCUGUUUACUUUGGUGGAAUGGGCAAAACGGAUCCCUCACUUCAGUGAGCUGUCCCUGGAUGACCAGGUCAUCCUCCUUCGUGCCGGCUGGAACGAGCUGUUGAUCGCCUCAUUCUCUCAUCGCUCCAUCACAGUGAAGGAUGGCAUUCUGCUGGCCACUGGCCUCCAUGUGCACAGGAACAGUGCUCACAGCGCUGGGGUGGGAGCCAUCUUCGACAGACUCAAAGACUCAUCUCCUGAGCCUUCUGGUGUCCUCAUGCCAGGGGAGAGUGCGCACAAUGCAGAGGUUGGGGCCAUAUUCGACAGGGUUCUGACAGAACUGGUUAGCAAGAUGAGGGACAUGCAGAUGGAUAAAACAGAGUUGGGCUGCCUGAGAGCCAUCAUACUUUUCAAUCCAGAUGCAAAAGGAUUGUCUAGCCCCAGUGAAGUGGAGUUACUGAGAGAGAAGGUCUAUGCAUCACUGGAGGCUUAUUGUAAACAGAGAUAUCCUGACCAGCAGGGCAGGUUUGCCAAGCUCCUCCUCAGGCUCCCAGCGCUGCGCUCCAUUGGCUUGAAGUGCCUAGAGCACCUGUUCUUCUUCAAGCUAAUCGGCGACACCCCAAUCGAUACCUUCUUAAUGGAGAUGCUUGAAGCUCCUCAUCAGCUCACCUAAUCUGGACCAGUCUUGAUCCAGUUCUAUCCGGUUUGCAGUUCCCCCCCCUGGGGCUUUACUGUGUCUCACAUCCCAUUAACACCUUCCCACAAUUCUCUCCUUCCCCAAUUGCCCCUUGCUGCACCUUCCAACCAGUAUAGCCCCGAAAAAGACUUUAAAACUUUUUCACUUUCCAUGUGAAGUUUUACACAGUAUGAGAUGUUCAGAGAGAUUAUUUUUCAAAUUCCCUGCAGGUUCUAAAAGUAUCAUAAGCUUCAAAGACUUCCAGUUUUAGAACUCUCAUAUUGAUUCUAGAGAUCUUUGUGUGUCGUUUGGUUUUGUGCACGAACUGUACAUUUGCGUUUGUUAAUGCAGUUAGACAGCCUGCCGGCUGUACACAGUGCAUGUGUGACUGGGGUGAGAAUUUCAUCCUGCGUGCCCAUUGGCUGGUACGAAUCAAGUUAUGCCAGACCCGCCCCUUUGUAUAGUCCCACAAUGUAAUGUGACUGUGAUACUGCUAAUUUGCUAUCUUUGGGCUUUAACCUUGAAUUCAUACUUUGUACUGUACUCAUGAAAUGAGUCCAAUUUAUAAAUGGCAUUGCGGCAUCUGGCCGGGGUUAUACAUUUGUGAAUAUAAAUGUAUGCAGGUUUUCAGUUGUUGGACAUUAAUUUUUGAUCAUGUUCCAAAGGAUGGCCUCAAGGCAGAGAUAGAAUCUCGCAGGAAAAUUCUGCUUUAAUUUUUUUGCGGCAAUAGGAAGGUUUUUGUGUUUUAUCGUAAUUUUUGUUUUGUUCUUUUAAUGGGGAAUUACGUUGGUAGAGGUUGUGGCACCUUCUACAGGACAUUGUACCUUUUGACAUUCUCCAAGUCCCAAUGAUCAGUUUCUUUACAAUUCUUCCUGGACAACUUAAAUUCCUGAAUUGGGAAGACUAAUAUUUAUACAGUUUGUGUGUGUGCUGUGAUGUAUUAAUAUGUCCAACCACUCUUGCCCUUUCCACAUGAUCGAUGUAGCAGGCCUUUUUGUUUUGUGUUCAAUCACCAAAAUCACAAAGUCAUCAGGCUCCUCUGGAAUGAACUGUAAUUAUGUUGGCAUGGAAAACAUCAAAGGUGGUUCUGGUUUGUGUAACGUGUUGGGUCGUCCCUGCAUUGACAGUUAAGGUAGUACUUUAUAAAAGGACCUUCUACAUUCCAUCUGUACAGGUUGCAAUGCCUCCUAAAAGCAGCUAACUGAACCCCUGAACCAUGCAACUUAUCCUCAAACAUGCAUUUGUCUUAUUCAGGAGGGACCGAUGCCACCACGGUCAAGUUUGCAUUAUGCCGUCCGUCUGAAAGGCAGAACAGUGACUCUAACGAAAUGUCAAGAAAAGGUCAUGGUCUUGUUUCAGUCCAGAAUCAAAGCAAACAAAUAUUGUAUUUUGCAAACAGAAAAUUAAGCAUAUUUUUAGAGCCUUAAAAAAAAAAAUGUAAAUGGUCAUUGUUACUCAUUACCUCUACUUAUAGUAUUUCAUUGGUAUUGUCUUGCGCUUUCUCUGAAUUUAAUAUAAAUAAUAUGUCUAACAGCAUAUUUUUUUACUGUAAAACAUUAAAGAAAAUCAUCAUUGUGAAACGAUGUGAAUAGUAAAAGUGUCCAAAUGCGCUAUUAUGAUGAGAAUUUGGGGGUAAAAUGUGCAUAAGUGUCCUUAAAAGGAUAUCACAAUGCAAAAGAUUGAAAUGGUCCACAAUGUAGGUAAUGAUGAUUCUCUUUACUGUAACAUGUUCAUGUUUUUACUGUAUUGCAGUAAAAAAGAUGCUGUUUUCUAAAUGCAAAAAAUAUUAUCUUGUAUUGACUUUGGGUUAAAUAUGACCAGGGCAUUUUCAUGAUGGGUUUUGUGAGAAUAAUCCAGAAGUGUCCAGAAACCAGCAUCGAUUACAAUCUCUAUGCAUUUAUGUGGGAGGUGAUGGGCGUAGAAUAAUAUUCUUGCCAUUUAAACAAGAUAUUCAAUUCAGCAAAUGCACCAAUAUUGAUGGUGGGUACUGCAGUAUUGUGAAAUAUAACUGUUGGUUUGUCAGGUGUUCAGACUAAAACCAAUCUAUCCAAGUACUUGUAAAAGUGACUUGAGAUCACAUACUGACAAUAUUUGACGAUUCUGUACAAUAUAAUAGUUAGAGAUCGCAUGUGGUCCCACCUGUUUUGGUGCUAAUGACAACAGUUAGACAUAAGUAUCAACACCAAUAUAAACAUAUACACCAGUGCAUGGCAUACACUCGACCAUUGGUCAAAAUAUGCAAUGACACCAUUCUCAAAUAAGCUUUUUCACAUAUACACCCAUUUCUAGCUAACACACCAUCUACUGCGUAAUGUUUAAAAGUAGCUUCAAAAUACAUGCCAUCCUAUUUUAACUCUUUUACAAAAGUUUUAUACAUCAGUAAGGUGCUUCAUUUUCCUGUUUCAAGUUUUUAGCUUGCACAUGAAUUUGAAAAUCUGAUGAGAUGUUUACCAUUGAUGUGUUGUGACUGAAUCCAGAGUUCCAAUUAAAGCUUUGUUCCUUUCGAACUAUUGUUGCCCCCUUCACUGCUUUAACAUUUUAUUUUGGACCAGUGGUUGUGGUCAUUUCAUUGUAAUCCACACCCGACCUCUGGUUCUCUAUCGUUGGCAUCCCAGUAGUUUAGGUUUGUCAAGAGUUUUGUGUAUUCUAUUGCACGUUAAAUCCAUUAAUCCAGAAAUCGAAGCUAAUGUAUUUGGUGCUGAUCUGAACAGUGGGAAGGCUGUUUUGAUCAUGUGCUCUGUGUGCUUGUUUUUACGUCUGGGCAACUCCAGCCACACCAGGGUUGCCAGUCAAUCUUUGGUGUGUGUGUGUGUGUGUGUUUUGCGUGUGUGUGUGUGUGUGUGUGUGUGUG